UGCAAAUAAAUGGCUUGUGUUGUGAACUGCUUCCGAACUUCCGAGGCUCCAACGGAUUCCCCAGGACUGGCUAAAGGUAAAACAACUAUGGAAAAUGCAUAACUCGCUGGUGUCCAAGUUGCUGGUCCGCCUGCUUCUGCUGUUUGCUCUGGUGACUGUCGCAUCCAUUGUGGUUCUCACCAAAUGCGGAUUUGACGAGUUGACCACGCGGGAAGCACAGCCCAGCAAUCCAAGUGAAUCCAGCGGCUUCAGUUAUGCUCUGAGCGAGCGCGAAGCAGAAAUUGAAAGGCUUAAGCAUGAAGUUCUUUCCCUACGUACGCAAAUUCUUUUUCUGAAGAAUAACCACAGCAGCCACAAUAGUGGAAAGUUGUCCAAUGGCAGUCUGCAGCUGGUGGAGACCACAGUGGGUCCACAGUCUGCCCCCUUAUCGCACCACUACGACUGCAGUAGUUAUAUCCGGAAGCAGGUUGGUGCCGCUGAAAUUCUUCACGGAUUGCCGCUGAAUAACGAAUAUGAGCUGGUGCCCUACAACCAUUUCACAUUCACCCGGGUAUAUCCCAUCGACUUGGGCCUGGGCAAGCGGGUGGUGGAGAAGCCCAUUGGCUAUAGGCGGCGCGAUCUCAUCGAGGCUGUUAACAAGGCUCUGGAGAGCCUGAACCGAAAUCACUCGGCCAAGAUAAGAGCCAAGGGAGCUGUGGCAGGGGCUCCCACGGAUGCGAUCAAGUACACUUUGGACGACUUCGUCGAGGGCAUCUACCGCAAUGAGCCCACAACUGGCACUCAGUACGAGCUCUAUUUCCAAAGCGUUAAAAAUCAGGCGAGCCCGGUGCGAAGGGCACUAGUUAUGCGACCGUUCGCCCCCCUGCAAACAGUUCAGCUGUCGGAGCUGACCCCGACUGCAGACGCCACAAGAUCCAGUCCACCCGUGAUCCAUGUGAUAAUGCCCUUGGCCGGGAGGUUGCACAGUUUUCUCAGCUUCCUGCACAUGUUCUCCAAGCUUGAGGAUCGGCAAUUGGAGCUCAUUGUGGUUUACUUCGGUGUCAGCGGUCUUGACCAGGCCCGUCGAAUGGUCAGUCGAUCGAAAAGAACACAACUUAUAGCCCUCAAUGAGACAUUUAGCAGAGCCAAAGCUCUCAGAAUUGGCGCGGAGCAUGUAAAGCCCGCUGGAGAGGAUGUCCUGCUCUUCAUGUGCGAUGUGGAUAUUAUGUUUACAACCAGAUUCCUAGAGCGUUGUAGAUGGAAUGCAGCCCCUGGAAAGAAGGUUUACUAUCCUGUGGUUUUUAGCCUCUACAAUCCCCAUGUGGCUUAUACCCUCCAAGGAAAGCCGCUGCCCAGCGAUGAGGAGCAGCUGGUGAUCUCCAGGGACACUGGAUUCUGGCGAGACUUUGGCUAUGGAAUGACGUGUCAGUACCGCUCCGAUUUUCUGCAAGUUCGCGGUUUCGAUGAGGAGGAAAUAGUUGGCUGGGGCGGCGAGGAUGUAAUGCUGUAUCGAAAAUAUGUACGCUCCAAAAUCAAAAUUAUACGUGCCACCGAUCCUGGUAUCUUUCAUCGCUGGCACAUAAAGAUAUGUUCCAGUUCCCUGACUGCGGAUCAGUAUCGAGCCUGCAUUCGAUCCAGAGCUCUGAAUGAAGCGUCUCAUGCCCAGCUUGGCUUUUUGGCCUUCCGGGACGAUAUAGCUGCUGCAAACGCUGCCAACUUGAACUUGUGA